AUGUCAAGCCCUGGAAAUAAUUCAACCAACGACGACGAGGUUAAAGCAGAUAUCCUCAGAAGACACCUCGUUUCAAAGGAGCAAAGGCAGCGAUCAAGUGAUAAUAAUAUCAAUGACAAUGACGAUGACGACGAUAACGAUCUCGAUAAUGAUCAUGACUCUUUCUCUGCUCCUCUACACGUCCCUGGUGCUGAUAUCACUCAUCACCUAUACGCAUGGGAAAGGCAACAUAGAAAUUCUACUUCUAUUAGACCACGGAGCAUGUCUUUCUCAAAUGUUCAAUCUGCUUUAGAGUCUCAAUCUGAGAAUGAAGUUGAUCACUCUCUAGGCUAUCUCAGGCAUCCAGGUGGUUUUAGAAGGCAAUAUAUUGCAAAUAGAGCACGUGAAAGGGGCGUCGAACACCCUGAAUUCGCAAAUACCUCUUUUGUCGAUUACUUAGCUUUAUUUGGUCACUUUGCAGGUGAAGAAUUGGAAGAAUUGGAAGAAUUAGAUGAAUCUGAUGAGUCUCAACACUCUCAACACCCUCAAGAAUCCUCCAGACUCCCUAGAAAACCACGUGAUGAACGUGAUCCUCUAAUUCCUAGACCUAUCCCUGUUAGAAGAAGAUCCACUUCUGCUGCCCGGCGCGGCACAGCAAGCAUCACACAGGCUGUUUUGAUGCUUCUCAAAUCUUUCAUUGGUACUGGCAUUCUCUUCCUAGGUAGAGCCUUUCUCAAUGGUGGUCUGUACUUCUCCACCGUUGUCAUAAUCAUCCUAGCACUCGUAAACAUGUGGGCAUACCUCCUCCUCAUACACACCAGCUACAAAGUACCUGGCUCGUUUGGUGACAUCGGCGGUAUCCUUUAUGGCAAUAAGAUGCGCUUGGCCAUUCUCGCUUCAAUUACCGUAUCCCAGAUGGGUUUCGUGUCUGCAUAUACCGUCUUCGUUGCUGAAAAUCUCCGUGCAUUCGUAAUAGCAGUGAGCGAAAGUAACCUCAAUCUGCCUACUCUUCUCUUCAUUCUUAUCCAGAUUCCCAUUCUCACACCACUCGCACUCUACCGCAACCUUACCAAACUCUCACUCACAGCGCUCAUCGCCGACGUCUUUAUCCUUUUCGGAAUUAUCUAUCUCUUUAGUCAGGAGAUAGCAGUGAUCGCGAGCAACGGAAUAGCCAAAGAUGUUGUUCUGUUCAACUCUGAGUCAUACCCUCUCUUUAUGGGUACUGCCGUAUUCGCAUUCGAGGGAAUAGGGUUGAUCAUACCUGUAGUGGAAUCGAUGCGUGAGCCACGGAAAUUCCCAUAUGUGUUAUCGGGAGUAAUGAUAGUACUUACUGCGCUAUUUGCGAGUAGCGGGUUCCUUAGUUAUGCUGCAUUUGGGAGCAAGAUCCAGACAGUAGUAAUAUCGAACCUGCCACAAGACAACCGCUUCGUGCAGUCAGUUCAAUUUCUCUACUCUCUCGCUAUUCUCCUCAGUAUACCUCUCCAGCUUUUCCCAGCAGUGCGUAUCAUGGAGGCUGGUAUAUUUGUCGAGAGCGGCAAAUUCAGUAAUAAGGUCAAGUGGAAGAAGAAUCUCUUCAGAUUAGCUGUGGUGUUCGUUUGUAUUGUCGUUAGUAUUUGCGGUGCGAGCGAUUUAGAUAAGUUUGUCUCGCUUAUCGGUUCAGUUGCGUGCGUUCCCCUCUGCUUCAUUUACCCUCCCCUCCUCCAUCUUAAGGCGUGUGCGCGGACGACUUUCGCUAAAGCCGCUGACAUUCUCCUCCUCGUGUGCGGCGUCCAGCUCGUCAUCUUCACCGCGUCACUCACUAUCGCCUCUAUGAUGGACUGA